AUGACUUCUACUAUUAGUGACAAUAAUAAAACUUGUCAAUCUAAUUCUGCAUCUUCUUUUACUAAUCCUCCUCAUUCGCUUUCGAAUAAAAGAAUUCUUUCAAAUAAAACUUCCUUGAAAACUUUCACUAGUAAAAUUCUUCUAAAUUCUUCUAAUUCUUCUUACCAGAAUAAAACUCCUCCAGUUUCUUCUAAUUCUUCUCAUCAGAAUAAGAUUUCUUCGGUUUCUGCUAAUAAUUCUCCUUGCAAGAAUAAGACUCCUCUAGUUUUACCAACUAAAAAAAUAACCGCCUUACAACUUGCAACAUGA